AGAAAUAAUUAAGUCCCACUUAUUUGAUUGAGUAGUACGUUAGUUGCUCACAUCUUUCCACCAUGGGCACUGUGAUAAAUGUCACCUUGCUUUUCUUGGCAGUGUUUCUGUCACCCGCUCUCUGGAUCAGAUACAGGACCCUGCCCGUCUUCGAACAAACCGAACCAUGGUUCCAUUUGUCAAAUGUAUGGACAGAGUCCGAGUUGGACAGCCUUCAAGACUUGGUUCGCUCCCAAAAGGUGCUGAAAACUGCGGCCGAGGACUUCACCAAUGCUGUCGUGCUCAUUGACCAGCCUCUAACUCCAGAAGGAUUGUGUCCGCAUCGAUUCCUUGUGGAGAGAAAUGGCCGAUGUGUGUUUCCCAGUCGUGUGGACAUGGCAUCCCAUUAUAUGUUCACUGGAGGCCGUUAUGGAGCCAAGGAGAAAUUCACGCAGAUGGUGAACAACAUCCAAACAUUUCAAAACCACAUUUUUGGUGAUGAUCUGAAGCGCCCUGAACUGAAGUCCCUUUUCGAAUCCAAGGACUACUUGCACGCGGCUAAGACGGUGUGCGGGCCCAAUUAUCCCGUGAUUGACCGUGUUCAAGUGAACGUGGUCAUGAUGCUGCCCGGACAAGACCUUCCGAUGCAUUACGACUUGCCCUGGUUUAAGAAUGGUGCUAAUCGCUUUAAUCUUCCUCAAUGGCUGCUUUUGGCCAUGGCGGGAUCGGGUUUGUGGGCGGAUCAGGCCAUGCCCCAAGUCCAGGGUGUGGCUUAUCUUCACUUGAAUGAGACGAUCAACGGAGGCUCCUUUUUCUUGUACCCGGAUGGACCCGGAGGUCCCGUGACCUCGUUUCCAUCCAAUGCCAACACUGGAUCCGUCUUGGAUGGGAUCAAGGUCAUUCAUGGGGUCAACCGAUUCAUGCCUGGUCGAGUGGCGCCCAAUAUUGGCAAGCGGGUGGCCAAAUUAGUAUUGGAUGAAGGCUCUCAAGACACUUGGACCCUGGUGAAUGAGGACCAAGAGGUCCUUGGAAAAUACAACAUGAAUGAGCUACGUAUCACGUUGGUGUGGCGAUCUCUCUGUUUUGAGUCGGAAGAACAGCGCUCCCAAUGGAAUCCCAAGAGUUCCACUUUUGCCGCCGAAGAUGCUCUUCAGGCCUUGGAGAAAGAUCUGAGGAAACGUAACGUAUUGGCCCAAGACCAAGCUCGGCCUGAGAUGCUUGAUUUUGCUCUUAUGCUGAUAAAAGAGUACAUCAAAUACCCCAUCGACAACUUUGAGAAUGCCUGGUUUCCGUUGAACUAUUGCGUCUUGCCAAAUGCCACCACCAACAAGUUUUUGAAGAACAUCUUUGAGAUGUUUGUGCAAGCAUUUUGUUAAUCGCUAAAUCUUUUCCUAGAUAGCUCUAAUAAAAUCGCCUCAUUCAGAAGACAA